AUGUCCGACCGUUCGUUUGUCCCGUCUCCCCGAUUUCUCCGCGAGUCUCCCUCCGAUUUUCCUCCUCACCAACUUUCCCAUCGCUUUCUUCGCUCCCUCGUUGCACGUCCUGCAACUUCCCGUCGCACGUCUCCCGCAAUUUCCGUCGCGCGUUCCCCGCUCAUCCAGUUCCCCUCUCCCGUACGUCCCUCCAGGAAGCGCAAGCCCGUGGCGCACGCGGGGAGCCGGUCGGUGGUGGCGGCGGACGGGUACUUCUGGCACAAGUACGGCCAGAAGAGCGUCAUGGACCGCGCCAUCACCAGGGCGUACUUCCGGUGUGCGCGGCACAGCAUGGGGUGCAUGGCGCGCAAGACCGUCGACGUCCCCAUUGCUACAGCCGCAGCCGCUACAUCAUCCGCCGCUACAGCCUCCGCUCCGUCCGUCUCAGCAGCUGCAGCGUCGCUUGCUACAGCCGAUGGCAGCAUCGCCAAGCCCAGUGACGCCGCCCCUUCCAGCGCAGCAGCACUGAAGCCGCAGGUGUCGUACCACGGGACACACAACCACAGCCAGCCCGGCCCCUGCUCCCUCAGCCUCCCCAGCUGUGCUGCCGCUGUUGCCUCAGCUGCUGCUGCAGAGGGAGACAUGCACGAGCCUGUGUCCGCUUCGCCCGGAGCUGAGGGGGCCGACGGUGCUGCUGCAGUGGUUCCUGUACUGCGGACGGAUCACGAGAGAAGACCCGCGGUGGCAGAAUCAGCAGACGUGGCUGCUGGCAGUGGCACGGGUGCGGCCGAUGCGGCUUCCGCUGUGGCCCUGCUUGGCCUGACCCACCGCCUGAGUCUCAACUCCACUGUCUCCCUCGACUGUGCGCUGCUCUCACCCGCCUCCGCUGCUGCCCACCCCGCGCUCGCACUCACCCUCGCCACGCCCACCACCGCUCACAAUCUCCCUGCGCCCACACCAGCCGACGCCCAGAGGCCCAGUACUGCGGAAGCAGCAGCAGCAGCGGCGGCAGCAGCGGCUGGUGAUUCCGGAAGCUGCACGGAUGAGCCGAUGACGGAGCAGUCAAAGCAGAGCCCGGCGGGCACGAGAGGAUCCAUGGAGGUGGGGUCAGUGCGCGCCGAGGGGGGCCGUCUUGCAUGCUCGCCUACACGUGCCAGGUCACACUCGGUGGAGGCGCAACCCGGGGAGAAAGGCGACGCGUCACAGAGAGGAGGCAAUGGGGUGGGGCAUCAUGGAGAAAAAAGAGCCAUGGCUGGUGCUUUGCUCCUUCAUCCUUCUGCUGCUGCUGCUACAACUGCUGCGAGUCAUCCCUCUAUAUCGGCAGCUUUUGCUGCCGCUGCCAGUGCCGCUGAUUCUGGUCCCGCCUUUGCUCUCCCAUCCGCUGGCCCGGGAAACCCCUGGGCCAUGGCGCCUCCUCCUGGCACCAGCGUCCCUGGCACCAUUCCUCCUGGCGGCACCAGCAGCACUAGUUUUCAUGGCCUGCCUCUGCCUGCACUGCCCAUGCCCAUGCAGACACACGCGGCAACUUCCACCCACCUUGCUUCGAUGGCUCACGCAUGGGGCCAUCACUCUCACCCCUCCCUCCCGUCUGCUGCUGCGAUUUCUCUGUCUCCUUUUGGCCACCACAUGCCCCCUGGGCUGGUAGGAAUGUCUUCCAUGCACCAACCAGCACCGCUCUUCAACCCCUUGCACCACAGCCAAGUGGCAGCUGUCAGUGGGAGUGCGUUCUCCUAUCCCUCCCCUCAACUCCAGGCAGCACAGCGGCCCCAUGAUGAAUCGUCGCCGCUCUCUCUCCCGCCUGCCCAGCCGCCUCUCCCGCUCGCCUCUCUCGCGGAGUUUCCCGUAGCUGGCGUGUCCCAGCCAUUGCAGCUGGUUCGGCCCGAGUCUGCCACUCCAGUGAUUCCCUUCGGUCCAUUCCAGCCUCUGCAGUGCACGAGACGCGAAGGCAUCGCUUACCGUGAGCCUGUGGCGGAAACUCCGCCUUCCGGGGGAGCGGGAGAGGCAUGCGCGGACAGGGCAGGAGCAAGGGAGAACCCGCUCGUGUCGGGAUUGCCCGCGUCACAGCUGCAGCUUGUUCUAGUUGCGGGGGAUACGACGGCCCUUCCGCCUCCGCCGGAGGAACCUUCCGCGUGGCCCUGGACGUGGCAGGAGCGCCUCCGCGCAGUCAAGCGCCAGCGGAUGGACGCGCGGGAAUGUGAAGAAGCGGCGCAAGGGGAAGCUGGGGGGACUGCCGGAGCGCAAGAUUGGGGGAAGCUAGAGGCGGAAGCGGCGGAGGAGAGGCGGCGGAAGCAGCGGCUGGGCAUUUUGAGCGGGAUGCGUCAGAUGCUGGACAGCCCUGGUUUCGCCGCUGUGCGCGGGCAGAAGAAGAUAAAAUUUGUCGUCCGUCAAGGAGGCUUUAGGCACCGCCUGCCGACAAUGCGAGGCGCGUCGAGUGCGAGCGGAAGCGGCGAGCAAUCGAGCGAGAACACAAACUUUGAGGAGCGCGCGGCGGAAGCCGCCAGGGAGGCGGAGAACGUGCGCGCGACGGCUGAUGCCGCAAAACUCGCAGCGCACGACGCGGCGCAACUAGCCGUUGGAGGCCGCGUGGGCGCGGCUGGCGGUGUAGAUGCGACCGCCGCGGCGCCGCUGCACGCGCGGGAGCUGGGCUCGAGUGUUGUGACGGUGCGCAGAGGCGGAAGCUCGUCGGGAAGAAACGGCAGAAGGAAUGGGGGCGGCGGACGGUGUGGAGAGUACGAGGUGGAGUCAACGCAGUGCGCGGGGGAAAAGGCGGAGAAUGCGGAAGAGCGGUCGGGUUUGGCGGAGCGCGGGGAGGCAGCGCAUCCGAUCUCGUCACCCUGUUUGGAUGCGGACGAGGCGGAGCGAGCGGGGGAGAAGCGGAAAGCAAUCGAGGCGCAGACGGCAGCGGACGGCGCUGCCGGCCGCGCCCACGUGCGCCGUCGCCAUGGCCUUCCCAGCCGCCUGGGAGGACCCGCUGCUCCGCCAAACACCGCUGCUCCGCCAACCACUGCUGCUCCUGUCGCUCCUCCCACCUCGGCGCGCCUUGGCAGUCCGUCGCCUGCACUCCCCAACGCACUCAAUAACGCACCCAACGCCGCUCUCGCUUUCCCUCUCCUCUCUUCAGACGCUCCCCACCGUUCCCGACCCCCUCUACCAUGCCGAACCACCCCACGGCUGGCCGAGCCUGUGCAGGCUCGGCAGACAGCACAUCCCGGUGCUUCAGGCGCGUGUGCGGGGGCGGGCGAGGAGGAAGGGCGUGCGUCUGAGUGCACGGGGGAAACACCGGGGUCCAUGCUGGAGGCACCGGAGGUGCAGCCCGAGAUGGAGGGCAGUGGUAGCGGUAGCAGUGGGGAGGGCAGUGGUGGUGAGGAGGAGGAUGAGGCAGAGAGCAGUGGGGGGAAGUGA